AAAGAUACGUUUCUUAUUUUUCGACUUGCUUCUUUAUAUGAUAUCCAUUUAUUUAACAUGGUAGCAGUUCUCGUGGUUUGUGAAUAUGAAUGAAGAAUUUAGUAGUUAUAAUUUGUUUUAAAAGUUACCGGUACUAGCGUAAAAAUGGCAUGUACAAGAAGCAGCGAUAUCGGCAUACCGCUAUUUGAUGGUUCGGACUAUUUUAACUGGAAAGUGCGUAUGAUGAAAUUUCUUCAAUUUAAAAAGUGUAAAGAUGUGGUUCAGCGAAAAGUCAGUGAAAACGAUGACGUGGAAAAAUGGGAAGAAAAGGAUAUCCAAGCUACAAAUUACAUUUACGGCACCAUAACAAACAAGCAAUUGGAAUAUAUUCACGAGUGUGAGACUGCAUUUGAUAUAAUUACGAAAUUUGAUGCAAUGUAUUUAAAAACUUCAACAUCUGUACAAAUUGUUUGUCGAAAUAACUUAGAAUGUGUGAAACUGAAAAAUUAUCCUGAUGUAAAUAUAUUUUUCAAUGAUUUUGAGAAGUAUGUGAACGAACUGAAACAUGCCGGCGCCACCGUAACGGAACAAGAAAAAUUGAACUAUAUGCUAAGAGCAUUACCUUCAAAUUACAGUCACAUUGGUGACUUAAUAGAUGUAUUACCAGAGAAGGACAGAACAGUCGAUUACCUAAAGAGCAAAAUCAAAUCUAAAUUACUUGAAGAGAAAAAUGAUUAUAAAGAUUGUGCACCAGCAGAAAAAUCAAAUGCGUUCAAAAUUGAAACAAGCAAAUUGGGUCCACAAGGGAAUGUCUGUUAUAAUUGUUGA